CAGAUUUCAAAUCACUGUCUACAAAAUGUCAGAAGACAAAACUGAGGAUGUUAUUCAGUUUCUGCGUGAUCGGGGACUGCAAGAAGAAUUCUUAUCACUUAUUAAGAACGACAAGAUUGACAGAGAUGUUGUCUUGGUGUUGGACGAUGCUUCGCUGGCAAAAUACAUUCCCUCUUAUGGAGACCGUAUUGCUUUGUUCAGUUACUGUAAACGCUCAGAGGCACCCUUAAAGCGCAAAAUGGGACUCUUUGAUAAGCUGAGAAAGCAGCUUAAACUAAAAAAAGGUCAAGCAGAAGGUCAAAGUCAUCAGAGUAGCUCUAGUGACAAUGAGCGUGAAAAAUUUAGUAUAGGCAAGAAUAAAAGAAAACACACACGCAGUAUUGAAAUUGGGUGGAUUCACAUUGAAGAAAGCAUUAUUAAACAAGUUAGGGCAAAACAAGGUGGAGGAACCAGAAAAGUAGUUAUGGGUAAAGAUGCAAGAAAACUAGAGAUCAUGGAAGAAGGAAAGCGCCUUUUUUUCCCUAAUGGAAAAUCCAGUAAGGGUCAGGAAUCUUUAUUUAAAUUUGAUGUAUGCGACUUCCAACAGAAUUCACUCAGCACAGAUGUAACCAUUGGGUGCAUGUACGACACUAUUAAGCUUCCUGUGCUUCGAUUUUACCUUACUACAGAAAAAAUAAAACAGGCUCAGUGUAACACAAAUGCAACCACCAGUGAAUUAAUAAAUCAGCCAGAUCUUUUGGUAACAGAAUCUGAAACAUAUGCGGAAGGUUCUUUUGCCCAAAAGACUUUGGAAGAGGUGCAAGAACAGCAGAGUUAUAACUCAGAUAUCAUAUUUCAAGCCUCAUUUGCAUCAGAUAUCAUUAUAAAUAGUGAUGAAGAGAUUACGUUUGCCCCAAUAACAGGGGAUGUAGAUUUGAAUGAUACCAUUUUGUGGCUAGAACCUAGCCCCAUUAAUUCCCCUGGUGAAGAGAGCCUUUAUGUCUUAAAAAUACACCAUGCUAAUUGUAUGAAUGAUAUGAUCGAUGCAUUUUGUGACCCUGAUAUUUUGUCUAAAAAUUUAGAUGUAAGGCGAAUACUAAAUGAUAACACAGAGGAAGCAGGUUCUGGAUCAGGCGUAUUAAGAGAUACAAUCUGCCAUUUUUGGCAAGAAUUUUAUGAACGUUGCACUCUAGGCACUCAGUUGAAAGUACCCUUUAUUAGACACGACUUCACAGCUGAAACAUGGAAGGCCAUUGGUAGAAUAUAUGUGAAAGGUUACCAAGACUGUGGUUAUUUGCCUUGUAAACUUGCUCUUUCAUUCACUGAGGAGGUUUUAUUUAAUUAUGUAUAUAGUGAUGUAAUAGAAGAUUUUUUUCACUAUGUAAGCGCUUCAGAGAAAGAAAUUCUAAGUGCAGCUUUGAGCAAUUUCUCAUCAGUUGAAAUCGAGGACCUCCUUGAAGUUUUAGAUAACUACAAGUGUCGUAGAAAAAUCUCUGCCGAGUCUUUUAAACAGACUCUCCUAGAGAUAGCACACAAGGAGAUUGUGCAAAGACCAAUGUUUGUAAUAGAUUGCUGGAGAGAAAUUGUAAAGCCGUUGAAUCUGAGCCCUGAAAAAUUGGCAAAGCUGUACUUAGAAUUGAAGCCAACUCAACAAAAAGUAUAUAAAUUGUUAGCAUUCCCUGAAGAUAUGACUCCGAAACAAAAGGAAGUUUCAAACUAUCUGAAAAGAUAUGUAAGAGAACUUGACCAGUGCACACUCCCCAAAUUUUUGAGGUAUUGCACAGGCUCCGACUUAAUAAGCAGUAGUAAAAUAAGUAUUCAUUUUGAGACAAUGACACCAUUCACCAGAAGACCAAUAGUUGCUACAUGUGCAAUGAUUCUGCAACUAGCUGAUGAGUACGCAAAUUUUCCUGAUUUCAGAGCUGAGUUUAACGCUGUGCUUGACAGCAACAUAUGGGUAAUGGAAUUUGUUUAAACUUUGUAUUAUAGAAAAAUGCAACCGAAAACUACACUAGUUUGUAAAUCACUACACAAAAACUAUACUCUUUAAAUGAAAACUUAAAAUGUAUGAUAAGUUUCAAAUACGAAACUUUCUAAAUAUCGUCAAUCAAAAAUUCUGUACCACUUCUCAAAUAAUCAAGUAAUCGUUGUACCUCCUCCUCUUAGCAAGGAUCAUUCAUGUAGAGAGGCAGAAUUUGUCACUUGAUUGUUUGAAAAGAGUGAGCUCUAAUACAUCUUUUAGGCCAAUGGAUAUCACCAGUGAUGUAUUAGACCACACCGUCAAUCAAAUUCUGAUGGAUUCUAGCAUGAAUUAGAGAAAGAAGAGAGACAGAUGCUGAGAGGGAGACAGUGAUGAUUAACUGGAUUAUUUUAGAAACUGUACAGAAUAGAUUGAUUAUAUUUACAAAAAUAUAAUUUCAGUAUGGUAAAGCUUAUAUUACAUUUUAAUUUUCAUGAUAGUUACCCUUUAAUUUUGAACAUAUUUUAUAAAUAUUUGGUGAUAUUCUAUCAAUGCAAAAUCUAAUAAUUCAGUGAUAUUCCAGUACUGCAAUACAGAAAUUAUUGCUGUAUCUGUUUAUCGCUGUAUCUGUUUAUCACUGUAUGUGUUGCAUGAUAGUUAAACCUUUAAAAUAAGUGAAUUUAAAUUUGAGUGCUGUUUUAAGAACUUUUGCAUUUUUUUCCCAAGAUCUUAAGUGAUAUAGGUAAUAAUAAUAGUUUUGUUACAACAGUGCCACUGUGACAUAGUUGAAGUUAUCAGCUGAAAGAGAGGGCUGAUCUAGUGUUCUUCUGCUUAGGAAAGACUUGAGAAGUUAUCUGAAGUUUCUUAUGGUUUUCCUAACCAGAAGAACAUCAACCCUCUUUCUUUCUCCUGACAACUUCCUCAACUGCCACUAUCAGAAACUGACAGGCAGGUGGGGCUGUUAAAAAAAAUCCAGUCAUAACAGUACACAUUCUCCUUAAUAUCUUGGAAUUAAAAGAAAUCAAAAGUUAAUUGCAAAAGUGCUAUUCUAGUAAAAGUACUAUUCUAGUCCUCUCAACAAUUUUACAUUCACUUAAUUUAAAACUUUACUUAUCUUUAAGCAAAUGUAUCAAUAUAGUUUUUCUUCUGAAGGAGAACUUAAACCCUAUCCUUAUUUCUAAAGUGAAAACCCCUACAAGGCCCCAUUCACUUAAAUGCAAUGCUUCCCACACAUAAAUUUUGAGUCCCCCCCCUGUAAUGCUCUCGUGAUCAUCUUUGGCAUCAUCACAUCCACUGUCUGUCACCCAGGCAGUCAUUGUGAAUAGGAACAUUCCCAGUGGAAGCCAGGGUGAAAGACACUGGAUGUAAAGAGGAUGCCAACCCUACACAUUUGGGAAGCUAUUAAAAGCGUAUUCUGUCAUAGCGACAUAACUCUAAAAAUGGUUAGAAUGUACAAAAUCUACAUGUACAUGAACAGUAUUGAAAAUGCCACACAACAUACUAUGCACUCCAGAAUAGCAGGGAUAUGAACAAUUUGCAUCUGAAGCCAGCAAAAUACAGGGAGCUUUUUUGUUUUAUUGUUUUUACUUUUUUGCAUUGGCUCGUUUUCCAUGCUCCACAAUGCUAAUUCAGCAAAAGUCACUUUAGCUACUUGGCACCUAUUCUGCACAUACAGAAGCAGUUUACAGACAAGCAUGUUAUAUGUAUUUUUCUAACUAUCUAACUUUUUCACUCAAUUUGGAGAGAUGUUACUCAAAUAAUUUAGAAAAAAUGUGGCUUCUUUUACUUCUUUGAAGUAGCCAUAUCGGUAUGAUGGUUGGUGUGAGGAGAGAGAGGUUAGCUUAAACCUAUUGGGAAUCUGAAGUUAGAGAGAGAUUUUGAGUUUUCACUUGAGCAACAUAUUUACCAAUGGGUGGAAAUCAUAUUGCUUAACCUUUAGAUCUUUUCUAUCAAUAACUGACAAGGUUGAAGGAUAAGAUUAUACACAUAGAUCUUUCCUGUGCCUCUAAGAUCUGAAUGUUAUGGUUAAAGGAAUCAUUAGGUUCUAAACAGUUUAGUUUAUGUAGAACACAGAGUAGAGUAAGUAAAGAAGUUGGUUUGGAUAAAGUUGAUUCUCAAGCAAAGGAAAUAUUAUUCCAUUUUUAGCUUAUAUUGUCACAGCUAAUAAUUACUGUUAGAAAACGAACCCUGCCUUGGUGAGAAUUGAGAGUUUAUAAUAAUGAAAAGUUGACUUUAAGCAUUCAGUCCUUGGUAUAGGAAUUGGUUUUCCUUAAUUUCAUAUCGGGCGUCUGCAAUCAGAUUUAUACUUGUAGACCUACGGGUCCUAGUCAGUGAUGACUUAUGUAUACCAAAGUUACAAACUGAGUGAGUUUCAUAUUUAAAUAAUGCUUACCUUAAAGUUUGGCCAAGAUUUGCUAAAGUGUAACAUUUUUUGGAUGUACAGUAUAUUUAUUUUGUAAGGGAUGUAUAGUUUUAUCUGUUAUUUGGCAUAAAAACUCACCAGAUUAUUUCGCUUGGAAAGGUAUUUGUCACUUGGAGAGCAAAUAAGGGCUAUGUGACAGGAUAAAUCUUGUAUGGGAUAGUUUUUGCACAAGGUGUAUGUUCUAUGGAAAAAUAAAUAAAACAUAUAGCUUGUAUGUUCAAUGUAUAAAGAGAAUCAACGUUAGAUAUGGUAACUUUGGUUAUUAAAUAUUUUGUAAACUUUGCAAUUAAACUUUGUUAACAAAAUGGCA